AUGUAUUCCUCUCCUACCGCCCGUAAGUCGGUGGACACUUUAUCUUCGCCGAGUUCUCCGCCGAGUUCGCGCACCGAGUUCCCAUUCCAUAGACAAGGACACGGCUACCCGCACCAAACCGCCAGACGUGGUUCGACAGCGAGCUCAGUACACUCGAUCGGCGGAUCACUCGAUACAUCAUCCAGCAGCUGGGCAAAUGCUGUAUUAGAAUCUGGGCAAAAUGCCAUCUCGACUCUCCUCCAACCGCCCAUCGUGAGAACUGGCCUGCAACCUCAUACCUCUGCGCCCGCCUCUAGCGCACACAAGCCUCCGACAGCUCGCGACAUCCCCCCUGUAACCCUUACAAACAUUCCUCACGUGGAUCUCUCCGAAUUCAAGCCGUACUUGUCACAAGUCGGUGCCCUAUACGAACAGCUCCGUCGAGUCAAAGAGCAAGACGACGACCGACCGGGAUCUGCAGGCCGACGGUCGAGCAAACACGAUGAUUUCACCGAGGUAGACGAAGGCCACCUAAAGCCCGCCGGUCGGCAACCCGCCAGACGAAAAUCCUCCAUUGCGUCCAUCGCGUCGAUAUCUUCUCUAGAAGGCCCCGGGCCACUGAGACGAAAUAGCUCCGGUCUUGGUCGUAAGGGCGGGCAAGGCUUGCCGCCGUUAUCGACAAUACCCACCGUGUACUUCGACGAAGAUUUUCAUCUAGAAAACCCCAGGACAUUCGACGUCGUCAGCGAACGUUCGGAGGUUGUACCGCCAGCGCCAGGAAAUAAUGAAGCCGGUAGUAAUGGCAGUGUUAUGGCACCGCGAAAGGCGCUGGCAACGAACGCAAUCUUGCAAGAAAAGCUGUCCUGGUACAUGGAUACAAUCGAGGUUCAUUUGAUCAACUCAAUUUCAACUGCUUCAACCACCUUUUUCACUGCCCUCGGUUCAUUGCGGGAGCUUCAUUCCGAGGCGGCUGAAUCCGUGGACAGAAUCAAGACUCUGCGGAAAGAGCUUGAAGCUCUUGACGACGAAAUCGCAACAAAGGGCUUAAAUAUCGUUCAGAAGCGUCGCAGGCGCGAGAACAUCCAGGCGCUUAAUGAUGCUGUCCUUCAGCUGCGCCAUAUUGUCGAAGGAGUCACCUCAUGCGAAGCGCUGGUGGAUGCCGGCGAGGUUGACCAAGCCUUGAGCAACAUCGACACGCUCGAGCUUCUCAUUGCUGGCGAGCACGACGAAUCUUACGAAGCCGGGACGCCCGUGCUGCCUGCUUCGCGACUGCGGGAUCUCAGGGGUGCUACGGCACUACAAACUGUGAACGAAGAUUUGCACCAGUUGCGCUUCCGCAUUGGCCGGGCCUAUGAGUCCAAAUUUCAGAGCUUGUUGCUUGCCGACUUGCGCAGGCAUGUUGAGUCUGUUAGCAAUCGCGACGUCCUUCUCCGGUGGAGCAGCUCAUCGAUGCGCGCCAGGGGAGGGGCUGGGCGAGAGGCAGCUGCAUUUCCCGCCUACCUUGGCUCGACACAAGAACUGCGCAAAGCGGUCAUGCCGAACAUUCUUGGUCUCCAUCGAGCCCAGCACAUCGCUACGGCUAUUGCGGCAUAUCGCGAGGCUGUUUUGCGUGAGGUACGGAACAUUAUUCGAAGACCGAUGCCGAGCUCCAAUGAUGAUGACAAUGAAUCCAUGAUGUCCGCAUCGACUAUGAGCGGCGGAAGGCAACGAUCAAACCAGGAGAAGUCGUCUAUUCUUGCAAGGAACCUGCGGGCCCUGGACCCCAAGGACGCUGAAGACUUGCUUAAGACUAUGUACAUCGGUGUCACCGAAACACUCCGUCGGCUCACCACGCAAGUCAAAGUACUGUUGGACAUUGCAAGCUGUUUGACCGAAGAAGCUACUGCCGCCGGGCUCAAGUCCCCGCCGAUCCGAUCGCCGCUUGCAAGUCCAACGCCUUUUGAUCGGGAAUUCCCACGACUGGACGACGCUCCCGGCAGCUUUGAAGUUCAGGAAGAGAUCCACAAAGCCAUGGACAUCCCCAACCUAGUUGGACAAGCUGUCGACAUGGCUCAAGACAAGGUCCUAAAGGUUUUAAAGGUACGAUCUGAACAAAGCACACAUUUGACUUUGGCCUGGUUCCUGCGAUACUUCACAUUAAACCUCUAUUUCUCCAACGAGUGCGAGGCGAUCUCAGGCCGUAGCGGCACCGCGCUGAAAACCUUGGUCAACGGCCAUAUCAAGGAGUUUGUCCAACAACACGGCGAGGCAGAGAAGCAGAAGCUCGCACAGGGCAUGGAAUCCGAUCAAUGGAGUGCCAAGGAUUUCGACGAAAAAGCCAAGGCCCUCCUUGACCAAGUUCUGGAGAGCAGUACUAAAGAUGCUGCUGUCUGGACAGAAGGUACCAAAAUCUGGGAGGAACAGCCUGAUGGAGAGGCUUCCAAUGGUGUAGCAGAGAACGAGACGAACGGCACCAGCAAAGAAAAGGCACGCACAGCGGAGAUCGAAGGCGAGACAUUUUUGUUGCCCAAUUCCGCGAUACUCUGCCUCGAGGGCAUUUCACACUUUCUUCAUCUCAUCGGCAGCAUCCCGUCUAUGGCCUCAGAUGUCGCCACUUCUCUCAUUACAUACCUGCAACUCUUCAACUCCCGCUGCACUCAGCUCAUUCUCGGCGCGGGUGCCACGCGGUCUGCCGGUCUGAAGAAUAUUACGACGAGACACUUGGCUUUGGCUUCCCAAGCGUUAUCCUUUAUCGUCACCCUUAUACCUCAUAUCCGAGAGUUCGUCCGCAGGCAUGCUGGUUCCGGCGCCGGUGUGUCCAGCCUCAUGGGCGAAUUUGACAAGGUUCGCCGUUUAUUCCAGGAGCACCAAAACAGCAUUUACGACAAGUUGGUGGAGAUCAUGAGCGGUCGCGCGGCGGCACACUCCAAAUCCAUGAAGGCUAUCAACUGGGACAAGGACCCGAGCGAGUCAACGCACACGUAUAUGGAGACGUUGGCGAAAGAGACAACAACUCUGCACAGAGUAUUGACAAAACAUCUGCCGGAGAGUUCAGUCCAGAUGAUCAUGGGGCCUGUCUUCGCAAGCUACAAGGACCAAUUCGGAAGGGUUCUUGACGCUGCGGACGCCAAGACAAUCUCUGGUCGGAAUAGCAUGCUUCGGGACGUGGACUUCUUUAUUGCGAAGCUUGGCAAGCUGGAUGGAUUCCGUGAUACGGGCGAUUUUCUGAAGGGCAUUAUAAACUCGAAAGAAAUCAAGGCUGCCCCUUCUCCUCCUCCUGAAAGACAAGUAGAUGGUGGAUCUGAAACGACAGCUUCCACCACGACGUCGACCGCUGAGCCUGGCAGUCGACAGAGCGCAGACGACGGGAAGACGGAAUCGCCAUCAGGUGCUGAGGAUGAGCCAAAGAAGUCAUCGUCGUCGUGA